UUACUCUUCCGCCUCGUCCUCGUGCCGCCGCCGCCGUUAUGUUGUGGUUCCCGGGGACGAUCCCGGCCGCCAUUGCCGCCGCUAAGCAGCGGGGCGCGGUCUUCGUGGUGUUCGUGCAAGGAGAUGAUGAACAGUCGACAGAGAUGGCUACCAGCUGGGAGAAUGAGAAAGUGUCUGAAGCAGCAGCAGAUGGCUUUAUAGCUAUUAAAAUUGAUACCCAAAGUGAAGCCUGUGUGCAGUUCUCACAAAUCUAUCCUGUAGUGUGUGUUCCAUCCAGUUUCUUUAUAGGAGACAGCGGAGUUCCCUUGGAGGUAAUUGCUGGCAGUGUUUCUGCAGAGGAACUUAUUGCAAGGAUUCAGAAAGUCAAGCAGAUGCACAUGUUAAAAAAUGAGGCAGUAGAAAGUUCUGCUUCAUGUUCCUCCUCUUUAUAUAGUGUCACAGAAGACUCCCAACGCCAAACAGCUGAUGCCUCUGAAACACAACCUGAAAGACCGUAUUUAACCUCAGCUACUGAAGUCCAGAUAAAAGAGGAAAAUGAUAGAAGGAUUGAAACACAGCCCACAGAUGACCUUGCGGCCAAAGUAGAAAGAGUGACACAAAAACUUGAAGAAAGAAGAGAAGAAAAAAAGAAAGAAGAACAGCAGGAAGGAAUCAAGAAAGAAAUUGAAAGAAGAAGGAGUGGGAAAGAGAUGUUAGAGUACAAAAGAAAACAAGAAGAAGAACUUACAAAACGAAUGUUGGAAGAAAGGAACAGAGAAAAGGCUGAAGAGAAGGCUGCUCGGGAACGCAUCAGACAACAGAUUGCACUGGAUCGAGCAGAAAGAGCAGCUCGUUUUGCAAGGUCAAAAGAAGAAGCGGAAGCUGCCAAAGCUGCUGCUCUCCAGGCUAAACAAGCUGAAAUGGAAGCCAGGAAAGGGGCAGCCCUGAGGGAACGAAGUGCCGUGGCAAGAAUUCAAUUUCGACUUCCCGAUGGAUCUUCCUUCACUAAUAGUUUCCCUUCAGAUGCUCCUUUGGAAGAAGCUCGACAGUUUGCUGCACAGACAGUUGGCAACACAUACGGCAAUUUCUCAUUGGCAACAAUGUUCCCCAGGAGGGAGUUUACCAAAGAAGAUUACAGGAAAAAACUAUUGGACCUUGAGCUUGCUCCAAGUGCUUCGAUAGUAUUGUUGCCGGCAGGAAGGCCAGCUACAGCAGUUGUUCAGUCUUCCGGUGGAGAUAUUUGGAGAUUGCUUGGUACAAUUCUAUAUCCACUAAUAGCUGUGUGGCGGUUCAUUAGCAACUUCUUGUUUACCAGUCCUCCUCCAUCCCAGUCUACUGCAGGACAUCAGCAGCAGGAACACUCAAACUCUUCGGCAUCCAACACUGCAGAGCCAAGCAGACAAGCAGUCAGAAAACGAGUAUUGGAAAAGCGGAGUGAAGAAUUCAAAAAAGAAGGCAAAAUCUAUCGAUUGAGAACUCAGGAUGAUGGAGAAGAUGAUAACAACACUUGGAAUGGAAAUUCAACCCAACAAAUGUAGUUUCAGUAAACUGUACAUAAUAAUAA